AUGGAUGAUGCCCAUCAAGUGGAGGAGCCUGGCAUAGGUCGACGUAAACCAAAACUCCGUAGACGCCAAGUAUGGGCCAAGAAACUUGACUUUCUCGUCGCUUGUAUAGGGUUUUCCGUUGGUCUAGCCAAUGUUUGGAGAUUCCCGUUCCUGUGUUACCGAAACGGUGGAGGCGCCUUCUUGGUACCAUACUUCAUCUCCGUCAUUCUUGGAGGUAUCCCAAUGUUCUUCCUGGAAGUGUCGCUCGGACAGUUUAUGAGCGAGGGUGGCAUAGGGUGCUGGAAGAUAGUGCCUCUGUUUAAAGGUAUUGGCUACGCCACAGCGGCCAUCAUCUUUCUAGUCAAUUGCGAGUACAACAUCAUCCUCUCCUGGGCGUUCUACUACGUCUUCGCCUCCUUCACGACCACCCUCCCCUGGUCACACUGCGGCAACGCCUGGAACACGCCCAACUGCUCCAUGUUCGAUGACCCGACCUUGAACUUCAACAACACUGAGAACCUACUGAACACGGCUCUGAGGGAUGUUCUAAAAUCGCCCAUCAAUGACUCGAACACAAUCAGUUUGGAUCUGUAUUCUGACGUCACGGAGAUACAAGACAACGGACGAGUGAAAAUGUUCCAGCUUAGACAAAAGGCAAUGUCGUCAGAUCCGGUUACAGAAUUUUGGGAACGUAAGGUACUGGGCCUGUCCUCUGGGGUUGGAGAACCAGGUACCAUCAAGUGGGACAACGCCCUGUGUCUGCUGCUGGCCUGGGUCAUCGUCUACGUCUGCAUCUGUAAGGGGAUUAAGUCGUCUGGGAAGGUCAUGUACUUCACUGUGAGUAGCCCAUACGUCUUCAUGUUCAUCUUACUAGUCAGGGGCGUCACGCUGGAAGGGUCCACCCAGGGGUUGUUGUAUUACCUAGACCCUAAGUGGGAGCGCCUAGCCGAUGCUCAGGUAUGGGUAGACGCAGGCACGCAGAUAUUCUUUUCCUACGCUAUAUCACUGGGUACCUUGAUGGCACUGGGAAGCUACAACAAGUUCCAUCACAACUGCUUUAGAGACAGUCUAAUUUUCGCCCUUGUGAACUCGUUGACAAGUCUUCUUGCCGGUGUUGUUAUUUUCUCUAUUCUGGGCUACAUGGCUUUCAAACAAAACAUCUCCAUAGAGGACGUUGCUGAGGCGGGCCCUGGUCUUAUAUUCAUCGCCUACCCUGAAGCUGUUUCACAGAUGCCUUUAGCUCCAUUUUGGUCGGCUUGUUUCUUCAUCAUGAUAAUACUGCUAGGCUUAGAUAGCCAGUUUGCUGCAGUUGAGGGCUUUAUCUCUGCCUGUGUCGACCUGUGUCCAGACAUCUUAAGACGAGGCUACCGCAAAGAAAUAUUCACAGUUGUGGUCUGUGUGGUCAGCUACAUUAUUGGACUCUCAAUGGUCACGGAAGGUGGGAUGUACGUAUUCCAACUUUUUGAUUAUUACUCAGCCAGCAGAAUUGUAAUGUUGGUGGCUGUUGUUGAGUGUCUGGUUGUGGCCUAUGUCUAUGGUAUUGAUCGCUUCUGUGAUAACCUAAUCAUCAUGUUUGGGUUCAACAACACGUUGGUAACAAAACUCCUCCGCUGGUACAUCCGGAUCUUUAAUGGUUUUCUCAGUCCGUUUUAUACAUUGGCUAUUUUCACGCUGGGCUGUGCCAGUUACUCUGAGGUGGAUUACAAACGGAAGUUCGUCACCUACGUCUUCCCGUCGUGGGCUAUCGGGAUUGGCUGGACAUUAGCGCUCGUCAGUGUGGCCCUUAUCCCGGUCUUCAUGAUCCAGGGCUUGGUCGUGACGCCAGGGACGCUUAUAGAGCGUCUGAGAAUCCUGACCACCCCCAGACUAAAGGAACAUCAGCUGAGACCAAACGAGGAUUUGUCCAAAAUAAUUCUAGAGGAAAAUCAGAGUUCUCAAGUUAGUACAUCGCCACCUGAUUGGGGAAGACCUGCUUUGGGAAAUAAUGGAAUCAGAGUCCAAAACCUAGCAAACUAUGAUUGCACUCACACGCAAUCGGAAUACGCAAGCUGGUGGCUGGUUGAUUUUCAAGGAUGGUACCUGGUCAACCAUAUUAUAUUCUCAAAUAGGUACACGACAAACGUUCUUAACUUUUGUGAACUUGAGGCGAUGUCGACGUACAUGGAUCCCAUGGAAGCGCACUACACAUCGUACGACGACACGGUACUCAGUCUGUCUCCCAUUGUCACAAUCACUACAGAAACACCGACGUUCUGCGCCCUCGACUGUCUGAGGGCCAGGGACACUCGGAUUUGUCUGGCCUUCAACUGGUUCCAGUCCACGGGGCUCUGUCAGUUGUUGGACUUUAACCCCAGUAACACAAGUCUGGUGGGGAAUCUUUUUGGUCAAGUGGGGGCUAGGCUUUAUGUGGUUCAGCCUAUUAAGAUCUUUGGCUGA